UGCUCAUUGAAUAAACCACAUUUAAAGGCACAUUGUUGCGAGCGUAUUUGACAAUACUUUUGUAAAUACAAACGGAGCUCUGAUAGUUCAUUUUGUGGUUUUAAAUAAUAACAGUUAUGCAGUUUGGUAAAUUUAUCAAGUCGGCGAAGAAACACUGUUAAUAUCAAUAUUGCUGCGUCCAGUGACGGGGUUAAAACUUUACAGUAAUUUUGAAAGUGGAAAAGGAAUUAGACAAAACUUAUCUUAAUUAAUAACAAAUAGUUUAAAGAAGCUGGACAUAUGAUAGAAAUUCGUUCGGCAGUUAUAAUAAUAAUCAACGUUUUGACCAUAAAACCUGCUUGAUUGCUCAAAGGACUGCGUUCAGAUAGAGCACAUCCGAUAAAAGUAUCGGUUGCGUUCCUUUAGAAGUUAAUUGGAGCGGAGCUGUGUAACCGAAUCUUACCAUAUAUUUGAGAUCACCUGUCGGUGGGUAAAUGGUCUCUUUUUAAUGGGAGCCCGGUUUUUUCGUCAAACACCUGCCUGAAGUAUCAACACGUCACACAAGGCGGGCGAGAUUUGAAAAUCCCCAUACUAGUUUGUGCUAUACUGGUGUGCGGACCGUUUGAUUUCGGAGUUUUCGAGCGGAGCGGAGAGACUGGUGGAAUAAUGGGCUUACUCGCUAAAGAAAUUGUUGCGUUAUGACAACGUUCACUACUCAGGAAAGAAGAUAUUGUUGCAUCUUCAUUAGUAGAAACAAAUGAAAAGAAUGUUUUAAUAAAUAGGAGUGCAGUAUUUAACAAUUUACUUCAAGAAAGAUCUUAUUAUAUAAAGACAUAAUUAACUUAUUCCUGCGCAAUAAGUAGAGCCAGACUUUUACGUGUAAAAGCAAGAACAGAUACUUGCCGAAAUUAGCGCUGCAAGAAAAUUGGAAUUAGAUUUGUGGAAGAGAAAGCGCCGAAACCCAUACCUUACGUGUUGGACAUGAUCCGAUUUUACGCAUGAAUUCGUUAUUUCCUGACCAGAUGUAUGUAGACAAGAUUGCUUUAUUAUAUAUGGCUCUUAUACAAUAGCCAGAAGAGUUGGCAAUAUUGAUAUCCAACAAGUGAAAUUGAUUAGAGCGAGAUAUGAAUGAAUAGUUGCCCGUCACAGAGAGGUGUAUUUACCGUGAGAAGUCGGGGAACAAUGAUUAUAGUCAAUAUGAGCAAAUAAAUUGGUCUGACACCAGUUGUGCGAGGUUUCAAAAUCAGGGGAAAUCGCGAAGAAUCGUAAACACUCAACAAGCAAGAAUGAAAGGGACUGCUUAACGCGUUACAAGAAAUGAUAAAUACAAAUUUAUAUGCGACAGAAGAGUAUUUUCGAACAAUCAAUUUCGCUUUAAUGUUUUGAAAAGUGGUGCAGUAAGGACAACCUUUUAAAGUUCAAAGACAACAUUACAAAAGAAAAUUGUUGGCGGACAGUUAGCACUGAUGAUGAAAUAUUUCUUUAAAUGAGAAAGAAUUUGUAAAUUGGAAGCAGUUAAAAAUUCAAGAUGCCACGGUCUUUCUUAGUAAAGAAGCACGAGGAAAUUCGAGCUUACCACAGCUACAAACCACGUGACACGAACGCUGAUGAUAUAAUUGUACCAGAUAGUAUAUAUGCCAUCACGCCGUACACGCCUGCUGUACUUCCACUUUCCGUAAAAGUAAACAACGGCUAUAUCCAUGAUAUUGUGAGUCCAUCUAUACCGAGCGAGAGUGUUCACGAGGACCAGGAAUCGGCUAAGGGAGAUGAGUUUGAAUCCCAGAGUACCAAGGAGAUCGAUGACAAUGCAAUUGCAGCCGAAAUUAUCAAGAAAUUCCAAAAGAACAAUUUUCCAAAUGGCGUUACUAUUGGUUACACGUAUGACGCAUUCUUUGUAAGUGACGGGAGAUCACGAGGUAAGCAUUUCGGAGAAAAGAAUGGAAAACCGAGAUACACGUGCAAUGAAUGUGGUAAAGAUUAUGCCACAUCAAGUAAUCUUUCCCGGCACAAGCAAACGCACCGAAGUCUAGACAGCAAACUAGCCAGAAAAUGUCACCACUGUGGAAAAGCUUACGUCAGCAUGCCCGCACUGUCGAUGCACAUGUUAACCCAUGACUUAAAGCAUAGGUGUAACGUUUGCGGAAAGGCCUUUUCCAGACCUUGGUUACUUCAAGGUCACUUCCGAUCUCAUACAGGAGAAAAACCGUACGGCUGUGCUCAUUGUGGUAAAGCGUUUGCGGAUCGGAGCAAUUUGCGCGCGCACAUGCAGACGCACUCGGCGUUCAAGAGCUACAACUGCAAGAGGUGCAACAAAUCAUUCGCGCUAAAAUCAUAUCUCAAUAAGCAUUAUGAAUCAGCUUGUAUUAAAGAGGAUGGAAUGUGUCCAAGCAUGGACAUGGAUGGUGGAUCGUCCGUCUGCUCAGACGACAGUUUCAGUCACCACAGAAAAAUCGAAUGACAAUCAGUAAACUCAUUUUCAUCCAGUUACAGUUUAUCUGACUGAAUGCUAUUUAAAUAUAACAGUUGUCAGAGGUAUUCUGCAUAUGCAGUCACAGAGCAGGGAGGGGUACUACUGGAGAAAUUCAUACAGACGGACAAUCCCAUAAAGAAAUUAUCAAGUGCUCACGGUUUAAACGAAGGAGACGUCAAUUUCUUUCAUUUAGUUAAAAUAGUUGUAUUAUUUUUUUUUUUGAAUUUGUAGUAUAACGUACAUCUUGAAGGUUACAGACACUUGUUUACUUUUCUGUGCAAUAGAUAAAUCUUACAUUUGAAUAUUUACUUGUAUGUUAUACAUUCCAGCACGUGUUUUUCAAGUUUUAUUGUACAUAUGUAUUAGAAGUAUUUACUCUGUAUUUUGAUACAAUAUUUAUUUAUGAAAAGUCGUAGCUAGGAUAUCUCUGAAUCUUUUAAACUCGUUUAUUGUCGGGAAUUUUGGCAGGGAUUGUAAAGUAAGGAGCAUUCCGCAGACAUAUGACAUUAUUAUGAAAGACAUCAAGUAUUUUGAAAUUGCUUCUAUGCAUUCAUAUGCCAGAUGUCAUGUUUACAAAACGUCAAUGGAAAGUUAAUUUCCAUGAGCUUUCAACAAAAUUUUUGUCUAAAACGUUUCCCAAACGCUCAAGACUUGCAUUUGACAUUGUCUUUCUUGUGGAUGCAGACGCAGUCUUCCAAAAUGUUUCAGUGUUUUACGAUCCUUAGCCCAAUAGUGAAGUGUAGCAAUGCAAUAUUCAACAUCCAAUAAGUAUGUAGAUGACCGGCUUAAAAUAUGUGCUGAAAUUUUAUGUAGAUAUAAACGUUUCUAUAGUGAUGCACAAUUCCACCCGUUCUCCAGAGUUGUCGUUCUUCCGCUUUAGCUAAAAAAGCAUCCAUGACGAAAAAGAGCAUUCUGGGUAGAAAUUGACUUUGACCAGCUUAGUUCCGAUAUCAUAUGAUACCAGAAAUAUAUUAAAAUGCUUCAAAUCUUUUUCAACGACAUUACGGAAGUUGAUAAGAAAAGCAUGGGAGAUCUGUGUUGGCAAGGUUUUGGUCAAUUUUGUGCCAUGUGUUUAAGAUUCAGAAAUACCCUACUGCUUCAGAUUUAUACAAAUAAGUAUUGAUUUCUGUAUAUGCAAUUUGUUGGAAGAUUGUUUUUAAAACAUCUUCACAACGAAGCCGUUUCACUGACAACGAAAAUGUAUAAUAGUCCUAUUUCUACAGUAGAGAAAAUUUCUUGAUCGUGCAAUAGUGUUGUGUAAUUAUAAUGAAUGUUUUGACAUUACUUCUUACGGUUGUGCAAUAUUAACUAAAGUAGAUUUUACAUUGUUAUUUUGUUAAAAGUGUCUGAUUUUUUUCAUUUUGCAAUUUUCGUAUUGUUUACCAAGGCAAAAUGUUAUUCAGUUAUGGCUUUUUCAGCUGUGCAAUAUAACGUCAUGUGAAUCUGUUAAGAAAUAAAUAAGCCGAGGUCAGAGUUCAUAGCUUUUGGGUGCACAUCGUAUAAUAUUGCACGCAUUAGAAGGUGAUAUCUGUUUUACCAUAUGAAUUAUAACUAUAUGAGCGAUUAUUUUAAAUACAGUGCAAUCGCCAUUAUGAGUUCAACGUAACGUAUGAAAUUGACGGCCUAUUUACAGUAACUGUUCAAGUAAUAAGUUUGCAGUUUUUCCAAUACUGAAGUAAAAUCUGAGCAUAAUCAUGUGACAUUUUGUGCAAUAAAUGAAUUCUGACCGAUGAGAAUUCAUUUAUUUAUAGUUCAUAUAAUAAUACAUCCAUGGGUACUUAUACAAUUUUACAAUACUGCGAACAUUGUUAUCGCAAAACAAAUCAUAUUUACAUUCAUUCACACAACGAGUAUUUUGAAGCUAUUGAAAGAUUUAAGGUUGUGCAAUACUAAAAAAAUAAACCUUAUAUUGUUAUCGUAUACUUUUAUUUUCACGCAAUGUCAUUUUACAAGACUAAGGUUGUGCAAUAUUUACAAAUGUUUUUUAAUGAAAAUGUAUAAUAUUUUCUUUUCUUUACUUUUAUACCAUUUAUCAACGCAACAAAUUAUAAUAUAUCAUUAACAAGACUAAGGGUGUGCAAUAUUCAUCAAAGUAAAACUACUUAACUAUUUGCCGAAAUGAUUUUUUUACUUUCGUAAUGUUUAUCAACGCAAAGGCUAUGCAUAAGAAUGUUAUAUAAUUUUACAAGACUAAGGUUGUGCAAUAUUAACCAAAAUAACUCUUACAUUAUUUUUGCAAAAUCUAGAUCUAUACCAAGCUGCGCAAGCCUAAUUUAUGAGGCGCUGCCACACAAUUGGUUCGCCUAAUGUUCGAGCCCGGAAAGAGACCGGAUGGUGAGCCGCCAGCUAGUUGAUUAAUGGUUACCGACUGCCUACUGUCUGAUGUCUGGCAAUUGAAUUAUAAGUCGGGAAGUAGUGCUGUGUGUCUCAUAAGCUUGCAUAGCUCGUUCUUUCAGCAGGUAUGACACUAUAAUAAACAAACACUUUUUACAUCAUUAACAUUUUGUUUUCAAAUUGUUUAUCAACAUAAAAAGUAGUGAUUAAAAAGCCAUAUAUCAUUUUACAAGACUAAGGUUGUGCAAUAUUCACAAGAUUUACAUUUCACAUUAUUAUUUACGAAAGAUGUCUGAAAUUUUACAUUCAUUUUGUUACUUAUAUAACAUUUAUCAAACUUAACUUUCAUUGUUAUUUGCGAAAAUGUACGAGUUACUCAUAAUUGUUAUUAAUUCAAUGAUGCUUACAUACUCAUAUUAUUACUUCAAUGAUGCUUAUCAACACAACAUGUUGCAUAUUAGAAAAGAAGGAAGUGCAGUUUUUAGUAAACUAAACUUUUUAAUUUAGUUUAAAUAUAUUUUUAUUCAGGUUUUAUUUCAAAGGUUGUGCAAUACUUUCUAUUAUAAUUAAAUUGAUUACAAUGUGCGCGUUAUCAAGUUAUCCAUUUUUUACGUUAAGGAAAGCAACAAGCUGUGUAUUUGAAAGCCAUUUCAUUUGACAAGACAAAGAUUGUGCAAUAUUUAUGAAUACAUUUUUACGAAAGCAGCAAGCCAUUUGAAAACCAUUUCAGUCACAAGACAAAGGUUGUAAAUUAUUCAUUAAAGUAAGCAUUAGCGCAAAAUGCAUGUAUCAAUUAUCUUUUACAUUCCAUAUGCUUAGUGCUAUUAUUUUUCUGGUGUUUUUGGCUCAUGCCGUUCAAUGGUCCUGUUUAACAGAAUUCUGCUUAAGCCGUUGCUGGGAGAUGUGAGGUUUGUUGUAUACUGUUUCAUUACCUCUCAUGAACCGUGUUCGCUAUCAUUAUGAUUGGUUGAAUGCUAUGUUUCAAAUGGUAUUCUUAUAGAUCUAAUUACGAACACAAAAUGUUUCAUAUACGGGAGGCAUUUAAUUUGCAUGCUUUUAUUUUGUAAAUUUCAUCAAAGUUAACUUAACACUAUUAUCUUCGAAAAUGCAAGAAUUAUCAAAUUGGCCUCUCGCUUUUAUAAUAUUUUACCAACGCUAUCCAGAAGCCGUAUCAUUUUACAAGACAGAUUUUGUGCAAUAUUCAUAUGUACGAAAUUUCGUGUAAUUCUUCUCCCAUUUAUUUUAUCGAUUUCAACGCAACAAGUUGUAUAUUUGGUAACUAUCUCGUACAAAUCAUAUAUUAGUAACACUGAUUUAUAAAGAUUGCUCACAAAACUCAAUUAUAUGUGUCUGGAUUUUGUUCUUACCAUAUUUAUGAGGAAGAAAUGAUUAUAUCUUUACACUUGGUAAAAUGCAAUCACCCCAUUGUCCUAUGCAGAUAUUUUUGAGACGACGUACAACACUUUAUGAAAUUUUAUAUUCUCUAAAGUCUUCAAAGAUUUGUAUUUAAUAUGUAGAACGUACUUUAGAAGAGGUUUUUUAAUCUCUAAACACAUGUAGUGUUCACAUAAUUUAGACAUUUCCGCUGACUGUUCUCACAGUACCCUUACUGAAGAAAAUAAUAACGUACGUAUAUAGUGAGCUGUAUCACCGCCUUUUAAAGGGCGGGCUCAGUUAACAGUGCUGUAAAUAAGGAAGAGAUAUGAUUACAUUACUUUGUUUCAUGUCAUCUAUGUUGUAAAAUUUACCUUAAGUAUUAUUCCCUUAAAUGUCUUCCAUUGUUAUAUUUUUUCUUAUACAUAGAGCGUGCAAUUUACACUUUUUUCUUGAGGGCAUAUGACAUAUAUGUAACUUUUGUAUUACUCAAAUUACGCAAUACUCAGUAUAUUUUGUAAUUCCUUUUAUUUUGAUGUGCAAUGAUAUGUCAAUAUGUCUCAAAUGAAUUGUUAUAUGAAUAUGUGUGUGCGUAUGUGUGCGUGUUACAUACGUGCAAUUACAGUUGUGUUAGUAGUAAUUCACACAAUAUUGAUUUGUUAAAGCCAAAUAUGUACAUAGUUAUUGUAAGAGUUGACCACUUUUGUGCUUUUCGGUUUUCACAUAAAAAAAUGUAUUUAAUUUUCACAUGAAAACCGCACCUUAACCUUUAGCCUGCUAGCGGCAGGUGAUUCUGCCUUUGCGACCAGUGCAGACCAAGAUCAGCCAAGAUCAGCCUGCACAUCCGUGCAGCCUAAUCACGGUCUGCACUGUUCGCUGUUUAGCCCUUUAAAUAAUAAAUGGUAUUGCCCAAAUUGAAUGAUAGACCAUUCCUUUUUAGAAAUUUAGCAGGGUAAAGUGUUGGGUAUCAACGCUCUGUACAUAGUACAAGGCGCAAUAGUGAUCAUACUUUUUCUGGGUUGAGAGUACAAAUUAGCAGGCAGUGUUUGUAUGAGAUUUUCCUUAGUAAUCACUUUUGAUCAAUUAGAGUUUUUUUUAAAGAUGUUAUGGAAAAAUAUCUGAACGUGUGCGCAGUAUAGCCCCAACAGGCAAGUUUGAUAUGGGGUUUUCUGCUGGGUGCGAGUCCAGUCCAACUAUAUUUCUAUAUUCAACGGCCCUUUUUAUUCUAUGUUAUUUGUCGUCUUCUUAUGUACAAACAGAAAUUACAACGUAACACAAAGAAAUAAGCAUUUAAUUGAAUAUCAACUUUUAUCAAAGCCAUUAUAUAUUGAAAUGACUGAAAAUGAAAAGGAAUCCAGUAAGAAAACAUUGAAUUUCGUAAUGAAGGGACAAUUCUUUCUUUAAAUUAAAAAUGUCAUUACCAGGGCCGUAGGAACAGGGGGCUUGGGGUGUGGGCCAGGGGGGCCGCCCCCCCCUCCCGCCCCAACCCCCAAUAAUUUGACUGAAUAUGGUAAUUAGCUUAGCGUUUUAUGGCAGCGAAGCAAUUUUAGCUGAUUUUCAUAAUGUGUGCUCCCCCACCCCCAAACUGAAAAUGCUUCCUACGGUCCUGAUUACUAAUGUACUGCGUAGAGAUCCUUAUGUAGUUAUAAUUUCAGUUUAUUUUUCUAUGUAUUUUUAAAACGCCAAGACUGGCUGGAUGGCGCAAGAAUAUAUAUAUGGGUUUGGUAUUAAGUGUGCAUGCCUUCAUCAAAUAGUAUGCAUCGACUUUUGUCCUUUUUAUGCACUAAAUUUUGUUCAUUUUAUUUCAGUGCUAUUUUUACCAAAUAUGUGCCUACCCUGUUAAAUUGUAAUACUUGUGAACUAAGUGCACUUUUUUGUUAAAUGUUUAUCCAACAUUAUUUCUGAUUAUUAGUCGUCGUCAAGGAUACAGACCUACAAUACAUCAAAAAUGUCGUGUAAAACCGAUAUUAAUAGCAAAAACAGUGAAUUUUUAAAUGCUGCAUAAUAAGGCAGAUACGAAAAGGUCUCGAUCAUGGGUGCUGUUAUGCAUGGAUUAUACAUGUAUAAACAUCGGGAAAAAAUAAGUACGUGAGUUACAUACUAAAAAUGAAUAAAGUAGUGUUUCGGCUGGACAAAUCAAAUUGCUAAAAUUUUAUAAAUAAUUUGAUUACUCUAAAACGGAUGAUUCUAAAGCCUUCGUAAAACUUAUCAGGUUUUACACGAUAUUAACUGGUGUGAAUUACAGGUCAUUUUUGUAACUUAGAUUUAGAUUAUAGAUCUAGUAAAAAGUUUAGAAAGUAUUAUUUGUACAACUUUAGAAAAGCAGAUUGUCUAAGAGUUAUCGCCUGUACAAAUUAAGCUUUUGUUAGCAGGUUGUCCAGAUGUUACCGUCUGUACAAGUAAGGCUUUUGAAAAGCAGGCUGUCUAGAUGUUAUCAUCUGUACAAAUUAACCUUUUGAAAUCACUUGUACAAGUAAGGUUUUUGAAAAGCAUGUUGUAUAGCUAUUGUCAUUUGUACAAGUAGCAGGUUGUAUAGAUAUUAUCGCUUGUACAAGUAAGGUUUUUGAAAAGCAUGUUGUAUAGAUACUAUCACUUGUACAAGUAAGGUUUUUGAAAAAAACAGAUUGUCUAGAUGAUAUCACUUGUACAAGUAAGGUUUUUGAAAAACAUUUUAUCUAGAAGUUAUCAUCUGUACAAAGUAGGCUUUCAGGAUAUUAAGAUUGUUAACAAUUUGCAUCAACAGGAUUUAGGUUAUUGCAACGAAAUUGUACCUUAUGAAGUGUAGAAGCAGUACUUGAUUAAGAGAUGAAUGUUUUUUAUAUGAGCCGCGCCAUGAGAAACCAAUAUAGUGCGUUUGCGACCAAAUGGAUCCAGACCAGCUAGCGCAUCCGCAGUUCGCUUUCAAAGCCUAUUGCAAUUAGAGAAACUGUUAGCGAACGACAUGGAUCCUGAACAGACUGCGCGGAAGCGCAGGCUGGUCUGGAUCCAUGCUGGUCGCAAACGCACUAUGUUGGUUUUCUCAUGGCGCGGCUCAUUAUUUAUGUUGAUACCGACAUUAUAUUGUAAUGCAUUGUACUUUUGAUAUACAGUACCUUCUAAAUUUUGAAACAUUUAACAUUAAUUUUGAGACGUGCCUCCUUUAAAACAAACUAUUACGUUUGCAUACAGUUACAAUGCUUAAUAAAUUCAGAUUCCAUUUCAAAAUGCUGUCUGAAUUUUCCCAUUAAUACUGUUAUAAAACAAAACAUCAACAGGCAAAUUAAUUUUCUAAUGAAAUAUCUCUAAUAAAACUCGACCAAAUAUUUGAUUAUCAUUGGAUGAAUGGUUUCUAAAAACAACGCCGAUAAUGUGAUUCGUUUAAAUUCCCUCAAAUUCCAAAUAUAUUUAAAGGGACAUGCUUUUUUUUCAAAAAUAAAAAAGGUCAGUUAUUAGAACAUGUAUCUUUUGGUAACUUAAACUAAAUUGGUUAGUAUCCGUUAACAUCAGCGCUGCUUAUAGAACAGAACAAAACAAAACUUUAUUAAGGAAACACAGAAUACAAAAUAUAAUUCAAGAAAGCAUAUUUAUUUAGAAGAAAUUUUCAAGAAAUUUACAAAAUAUAUUUAUAUAUAUUCUUUUUAUGCCCCCGAAGGGAGGCAUAUAGUUUUUGAACCGUCUGUCCGUCUGUCGGUGUGUCCGCAAUUUUCGUGUCCGGUCCAUAUCUUUGUCAUCGAUGGAUGGAUUUUCAAAUAACUUGGCAUGAAUGUGUACCACAGUAAGACGACGUGUCGCGCAAAAGACCCAGGUCCGUAGCUCAAAGGUCAAGGUCACACUUAGACGUUAAAGGUAAUUUUUCAUGAUGUGCAUUCGUGUCCGGUCCAUAUCUUUGUCAUCCAUGGAUGGAUUUUCAAAUAACUUGGCAUGAAUGUGUACCACAGUAAGACGACGUGUCGCGCGAAAGACCCAGGUCCGUCGCUCAAAGGUUAAGGUCACACUUAGACGUUAAAGGUCAUUUUUCAUGAUAGUGCAUUCGUGUCCGGUCCAUAUCUUUGUCAUCCAUCGAUGGAUUUUCAAAUAACUUGGUAUGAAUGUGUACCACAGUAAGACGACGUGUCGCACGCAAGACCCAGGUCCGUAGCUCAAAGGUCAAGGUCACACUUAGACGUUAAAGGUCAUAUUUCAUGAUAGUGCAUUGAUGGGCGUGUCCGGUCCAUAUCUUUGUCAUUCAUGCAUGGAUUUUAAAAUUAUUGGGCAUGAAUGUGUACCACAGUAAGACGACGUGUCGCGCGCAAGACCCAGGUCCGUAGGUCAAAGGUCCUAAACUCUAACAUCGGCCAUAACUAUUCAUUCAAAGUGUCAUCGGGGGCAUGUGUCAUCCUAUGGAGACAGCUCUUGUUAUUUUAUAGACGCACUUAUCUGUUUUUUUAACGUACAACAGGAGUUGUGUCCCUUUACACAAAAAUAGCUAAUGCACAUCAGGACUUUUGCCCCUUUUGAUAAAAAUAGUAAAAUCUCAGCCCUCUUAAACAAAGUGAGUCGUACUAUCUUAAGUCUUUAUAGGCUAAUUUACAUGCAUUUAUAAUUAAGAAAAGUGAUUUUCCUCGCUGUUUGAAAUUUGAGACCUGUGAUAUAUUCUUAUUAAACUGAAAAUGCCAAAAGUUUACUUUUCGCCUUUACUUAAUAAUGAGUUGUUUUAAAUUUUAAUUGGUUAAUUUUAAGUAUCUCAGAUCCUGUAGCUAAAGAAAUUUCUCAUUAAAAUGUUUAAAGUAAGAAAGUGAAAUAUAUCCAUCAAAACAGAAUAUUAAUGAUCAAAUUAAAACUUAAUAAAGCAUCUUCAACAUUAAGAAAUAAUGGAAUAUGAAGAAAAACGCGGGAGAACCGCGGUUACGUUACGGAUGGUUGAUGAGGUGAAUUAUUCAGAUGUUGACAAUUGAAGUCUAUCUUGCCAGU